ACCAGGAGUGACUGUGCAGUGCUUUUUUGCUUGACAAGACAUGUGCGUUACUAUGCUUAUCCAUGUUGUUACAUUUCCAGUGGCUCUCACGUGCGAUAUCGAAAGCUGUGGCAAGGGAAACUACAAGAUAUGAAUUCCCGUUUGCAACUGAUUUGGCUGAUGCUGGCGGUGGGGGCGAUCGCGUCCUCGUCAGCCCUCCGAUGCCUGCACUGCUCCAACUGCAUGAAAACGGCUGACACCUACCACGACUGCGACGACAGCUACGAUGUGUGCAUGAAAAUUAACGUGGCUGGCCGCGUGGAAAAGAGAUGCGGAUACAGCUGGGCUUGUGGGCUCGGGGGCCUGGAGAGAGGCGCCGUCAGCAUGUGGAACGCCAUCAAAAACUCCGUCAGUGAGAGCGACCAGCAGGCAUCCGACGCCCAGCUCAUCUAUUGCUGCGACAGGGACUACUGCAACGCCGCCGCGCCCGCGUCCCUGAGUUCCGCCCUCGUACUGGCGGGCGCCCUUCUCGCUUACGCGCUGGCCUAGGAGCAGGGGCGGAACAGCCUUUUCUGUCAGCCCGUCUCUUUGCUCACUCUUUCUGUGUGUCCCCUUCUUUCCGUCUGCGGUCUUUCUGCUCACUUUGUCUUUCGUUCUUUUUCUCUGUGUCUUCUUGUCUAUCGGUCUGUUGGCUAUUUAUUAUUUGAUUUUAUGUUUCUUGUUUUGUACAAGUUAUGUGUUCACAGUAAAAGAUUUGUAAUUU